AUGGAUCAAGCGAAGCGUGGCUCCGAUGCACUGGCAAACGGUGACUUCACCGCCGCCGUUUCUCACUACUCCGACGCCCUGAAGCAAAAUCCGACUGCCGUUGACUAUUACAUAAAAAGAUCUAUAGCGUACACCCGCAUAUCUCCUUCAGAUCACUCAAGCUCACUUAAGGAUGCUGAAUUAGCGGUUAUUCUCGCCAAAAAGCGUGCAAAGCGAGAACUCAUUGCUCAAGCACAGCUCCGGCGUGCAAUCGCCCUGUUUGGGCUGGAGCGAUGGGCUGAUUCAGGAGAGUGCUUGGAGUGGGUCAGGAAACUAGAUAUGAAAGAGAAGAGCGCUGCCAUAUGGGAAAUGAAGGUAGCUGGAAAGCUGAAAGGGCUGCCAGAAGACGAUGACCGAAAAAAACCUUCUGUCACAGAGUUUCCGGAUGUGGAAAUACCAACUGUGCAGUCUCAAAAGCCUGGGACGAAUUCAAAUGAGGCAUCGAGCUCUCAAUCAAAUUCCAACGCAGCUUCUACUGGCACGCCCGCAAACACUUAUACUUCACAAAAUGGUGGAGUGCAGACACCGCCCAAUAAAAUCCGUCAUGAAUGGUAUCAAUCGAAUGACGCAGUCAUCGUCAGCCUCUUUGCGAAAGGCAUUCCAAAAGAUAAAGCUGUAGUCGACAUCAAGUCCUCGUCGCUCGAUAUAUCAUUUCCCUUACCAAAUGGUUCCGACUACAACCUCUCUAUCGAUCCUUUGUUUUCCACCAUCGACCCUUCGAAAUCUACACACAAGAUCAUGACAACUAAAGCUGAAUUCACGCUAAUGAAAGAAGAGACGGGACGCAAAUGGGCCAACCUCGAGGGUAUUCAUACAGACGAGCCGACGACAGAGCCAGAUCCAGUAGAAGAUGGCCUCAAACGAGCUGUCCUAUCGCGCCACCCUCAUUUACCAGCGCCAGCGCCUGCGUAUCCGACUUCCUCGAAGUCCGGGCCAAAGGAUUGGGACAAAGUUGCAAGUGACCUCACAAAAAAGCCAAAGAAGGAUGAUGAGGAUGGACACGAUGAUGGUGGAAUUGAUGACGAAGAGGGUGAUCCUGUGAAUGGCUUUUUCAAGACUCUAUACAAAGGUGCGAGUGAUGACACCAGGCGUGCAAUGAUGAAGAGCUAUCAGGAAAGCAAUGGGACUGCCCUGAGCACGAAUUGGGGUGAAGUGAGUAAAGGAAAGGUGGAGACGACUCCACCUGAUGGAAUGGAGGCGAAGAAGUGGUAG